AUGUCUCCACACACACUUAACCCUGUCAGCUGUCAACCAUGUACCUCAGCCCCAUUCAGCCCUGGCCUUGGCACCACCAAACACAGCCCACGGCCGCAUUCACGCUCGCUACCGAAGCCACCAUAUGUGACACGAGAUCUCAUCAACCACACGGCUCUUUCCGGACUUCCAAUAGGAUCUGCGGAGAAGCGAAAAGAGGCGGGUGGCUGCGAAAGAGAAGCAAAGACAAAUCUCGUCCUGGAUAAUAAGACGACUAUGGAUUAUGGUGGUUAUUCGUCGAUUGGGCAAAAGGUAAUUAAACAUGCAUCAGCUCGGAGUUCAUCGUUCGCAAGCAACUUCUCAGCUUCAGCGCUAGUAGAUUCGAGACGACGUGAAGACGAGGGUCCCUCGGUUCUUCCUGUCUUUCGCAAGGUGACCUUCUCACCAUUGAUAGGAGAGAUGUACGCAUCUCCAAGCGCACCCGGUGCCGUCUUCAUUCCUCCCCACCCCGGCGCACCACCUCAACCUCAAUAUCCGCAACAGCCCCAGGGAUAUGUGAUCCCUCCUCAUCCCGGCGCACCACCUCAACCUCAAAAUGCAUUCUCACCACCAACAUAUGCACUCCCACCUCACCCGGGUGCGCCGCCUCAACCUCCAGCUCUGAAUCAGCCGCCAGGAUUUGCGCUCCCACCUCACAACCAACACGCUCUCCCUGUUGGUAACACUCCGAUUCCGUCACAUCCAGGAGAAGCACCCAUCCCACCCGAUGAUCCAUUCAGCCAUAUCCGUGACCUCCCGAUCUUCCCACUCUCAACAGACGCCGACUUAGCGAAACUAGGCAACGCUAUCCAAAGUCUCAGCAAGCAGCGUUCAAAAAUAGUGCGAAACGAUGUCUAUGCACCCAUGGCGUUUGCCGGAAACGAUAUCUCUACGAAGAUGCGCACGCAACCUAUGAACUGCGCAGUCUACACACGCUACGCCACGCCGAAGGAUUUUGUCAGUGAUAGCGAAGAGGGUGGGAUAAUUGUUGAUGUGGUUGAGACUAGGGGCAAGCAUAAAUGGAUGGGUAAUGCGGUUCGACUCCGUAUGAGUAGGGAGGGGACAAUUAUGGUCAGGGACAAGUGGCAUAUUAAGUUAAGGGAGGGAACAAUGUGGAAUAAAAGCUCAAAUUGGAAACCUGUGGAGAGUGUGAAGUUGGAAGUUAAGAAGGGGGAAAUGGUGGAGUUGGGCAUGGUGGGAAGGUGGGAGAGAUGGGUCGCAGUUGAGGAGAGAACGAGCAUGUGGGGAAGGUUUGAGAAGGAAUAUAAAGUACCAAAGAUGCCAGAGCAGAUAGGGGAGAGAACCUGA